CACAAACGAGGUCUGCCAUGGCGUCCUCCUCUGACUCCGACUGGGAGAGGCUUCCUCUCAACCUGCAAGAAUCCAUCCUCCUCCUCCUCCCCAUCUCCACCCUACUCGUCUGCAAGUCCCUCUCCCGUUCCUUCCUCCACACCAUCCGUUCCCCCUCCUUCCUCUCCGCCUACUCCCUCCGCCGCUCCCGCCACCUCGACGACCUCAUCUUUCUUCUCUUCAUCGACGGCAUCGGCGCUCGCCGCCCCAGCGCCAUUGCCUUCCUGCCCAUCCGCGCCUCCUGGAUCCACCUCCCCCUCCCAAUUUCGCUGUGCCACAUCCACACCUCCAGCGGCUGUCUGGUCGUCGCCGAGAAAUUUGAAGGUGGGCAAUUCGUCUCCGAUCUCCUCUGUAGGACAGUCACCCCCAUCGCCCCGAUGUCGUUUCAUUCCUAUAUCCUCUCACUGGUUGAAGACGAGGCCUCCACGGAUUUUAAGAUUGUGUCUUCCAGCAAGAACGUUAUCGAUGGUGGGAUUCUUCGACCCUCCUAUUGCCAGGUCUAUAAUUCUGCUUCUCGCCGAUGGGAGUCUUCAGGGCAGUUUCCGCAUCACUAUGCGAUGUUAGGCAAUGCGAUCUUGUUGAAUGGUAUGCUGUUUGUUCUUGGAAGAGAUCCCGAUCAUCUACUUGCAUUCGAUCUGAAAACAAGAAUGUGGAGCGUGGUAGAUGAGGAGCUUCCACUUUCUCUAUUGUGCUUUCAUUUGUUGGUUUUCGAGGAGAGGUUAUUCUUAGUUGGUGGUUUGGAUGGAGAAGAAUUGACAAUCACAAGAAUUGAAAUUUGGGAGUAUGAUUUAGUGGAAAAGCAAUGGGGGAUGUUUUGUUUUAUGCCUGAUGAAAUCUUUCUGCAAUUUUGUGGUAACGGUCUUUUUAAUUUUGAUACAAUAGAUCAAUUGGGGAUUGUUUUGUUCUGCAAUACCAGAGAGUUCAGCAUUAUAAUGUUUGACAUGUCCUCAAAGAUUUGGUCACGGGCACCUGACUGUGAACAGCCUAAGAGCAGGAAAUCUUGGAUUGGGCAUGCUUUGGUUCCUUCAGUGCAAUUAUUGAAAUAAGUAUAUGAAGAAUAUAAUAUAUCUAUGUUAGACAGUUUUGGUUGCUGGACUCUAGAUUGAUGUUGCAAGAGAGAUAUCAUGCCUUAUAAAGUAUAGGGAAGGUGAAUUGAACAAUGUAGGAUAGACUUGCAGUUAUCUUUUCAUGUCUAGGGACAUUUUCUUAACUAUUCCACUAAGAAGCCACUUUCAAUUUGUAAGUUUUUUUUUUGGUGAACAAAAAUUUAAACAAACAUAGAAAGUGUAUCUCUGUGCUCAUAUACACCAAUUUCUCAUACACUCCAUAUGUAUUUUCACCAUCAAAGUUAAUUUUACUGAUUUAAGAUCUAUGUAGCUUCUAAAUUAUCUAUUUUCACAUGCUUGAAUUCUUCUAUAUCUAAUUGAUCCAUAAACAAGAGCCCAACCAUUUAGGAGUCUUUGCUAUAUUUGCAUUCUUUACAUGGCAUGUUGUUAGCCAUAGUGCUUUAAUGACCUGAUUGAUCAGUAGAGUUAACUCCUUGUUUUUAGGGCAUGAGCUAUUCGCCUUUAGGUUUGUUAAUUGAUGAUCGCUCAUAAUGGUACAUAAAAAACAACCGUCCUUAUGUCUCAUGCAACUUGAUCAAGAUACUGUACCUACCACUUAGAUUUGAACAAACAUCCAUUUUAUCUUUAUAAAUCUUCACUUUUACUAGAACGCUUUAUUGUUGCAAUUGUGCACUAAGUGAUUGGGCUCAAUCGUUCAAAAUUUGAUAGUUGAGCAAAGGAUUUAAGAUAGACUUGCAUAUGUAUUUGAUAUAUGCAUUAUGCAUGAAUUUGGCACAUAGAGCUCACGGAGCAUAUGACUCGACGAGGUCAAGUGUGGGUGAUGAUUUGGCAUGACUAAAGCAACACACUCAAUGGCUUGGAGGUUCGAUAGAGUUUGGAGAAUGUAGCAUGCGGCAUGUGAGGGUUUGCAAACGAGAAGUAUUGAGAUGAUGUUGGAGUAGCUCAUAGAACUUGACUUCAUGUGAUUAAGUUGGUUGGUUCGGUGUCUCGAGACCUGAUGGAGAUUUGAGAAGGAUAUUAUGGGGUAACUGAGGGACCUUAGGAUGAGAAACAUUGUGACAGUGUGUUGAUAUUUGCUAAAAAAAAAGACGAACUAUGUAGGUGAAGCAUGAAGGAUAAUGUGUGGAGCGAGUUGAGGGCUUGGUGUUAUAUAAGGGACGAUUAACCUACCGGAGAUGACCUUGGUGACAAAGUCAAGUUGCGAAAGAUAAGCUUAUGAGUGAGUUGUGAGGGUUGAGAAACUUGUAACCUUGGGAGAAGGUAGUUCUCAACUUAGGCGAUUAGAAUGAUCGUAAGUGAGACUAGUCGACUAGAGGUGUUCCUAGAAUCUAGUUGAUUGGUAAAUGAGUCAACUCACUCAGGCUUGGUGGCUCACAAAUAGACGGAGCCUAGACAAUUGGGUAGUCAAGUGAUUGAGUUUAGUCAACUACUGACUCAACAAGCAAGUGAGAAGUAGUUGCUGAUCUGACACAUUGAAGUUGUAAUUCUCAGAUGAUCUAGGGUCUAUAGGAGAUCAACUGACUGAUGCUAGAAGUUUGUUGAUUGGCUGUUGGCUGAUUGAAAGACUAUCGCCAUAAGAAAAACAGUCAAUGACUGAAGGUGGGUCUAGUCGACUAAUCGAUGACAAAACAAAAAGUGAAGAUAAAGUAAAAGUUGAAGAUGUUGGAGGCUAUAAAAGACAGACUGAGCGAAGUUUUUGGAUGUCAUUAAUUGUAUAAUAUCUCGAGUCUUUCUCUCCUAUACUCAUGGCCUAGAUCUUUUUAGUCUUACUUUAUGUAAAUCCUAUAAGAAGAUUGGUGUAAAAGGUUUCUCCACCUCCUAACCGUGGAGUAGAAAUAAGGGCUCUAGAUCAUGUUACACCACUGUGUUAGCGAUUAGUGUGUAUUGAUUUGUUUUUGUUUAUAUUUUUCCGCUGCAUAUAAUCUAUGUCUUAGCAAUUUGCUAAGACAUUAGCAAGAGUAAAAGAUUUUAUUCGUAGGUUAAUUGAUAUUCUCCCUCUUUAGUCAUUCAACCAAUUACCUCAUUGGUUCUAACAAGUGGUAUUAAUUAGAACAAGAGCGCUAUUCAAGGACUAAGGAGCAUGGUUUACAAAGAGAGCUACAAGUUAAGGAGGAGAUUGUUAGAUAUUAACAAGUGGAAUUGUUGUUGAAAGCCAAGAAACGGAGAGGAUGGUCUACGAAGUUCCAACAUGGCAAAAGAAAAUGGUUUUCUGAAAAAAAAGGAUGGAAACUUGGUUCAAAAUUGUUUUUGGAAUGUUCCUUGACAUGGAGUGGGGAGGGGGAGAGAGGAAGAGAGGUUUGAAGUCCCAAAAGACAAGAAAGGGGAAGAAAUAUCAAGGAGAGCAAAUGAACAUUAUAACAAAUUGGUGUUUUUGAAGGUAACACUAAGGCUAUAGAAUCUAUUAUUUCAGUUUACCUAAUUAUGUUUUGAGCAAGAUUGGGCUAAUAUAAGGAUGCCAAGGAACUUUGCCAAAAAGUUGUUUGCUCAUGAGAACCACACAAGAAGAGAAAACUCAAAGACAAUGAGAAAAUUUGAAGAGGAAGCUGAAGUGAUGUAAGAAAAUUCUAAAAUUUCACAAGAUGAAGUUAAAGAAGAGAUUUAAAGUCCAUUUAUUGAGGAAAUCAAUGAAGACACGACUUCAUCGUUGGAUAAGUAGAGAUUCACCUCGUCAAGGGAUGAGAAUGAAUCCAAUUUAGUUAAUAGAGGAUAAAAAUUGGAAGGUAAAUCUUCAAUCUCUUCCAUCCAAAUCAAGACUAAAGAGCACAUCACUUUUUUGGAUGCAAUGAGAAGGAACAUUAUAAAAAUAAAUGUCCACAUGCUAAGGAGGUAGAGAAGGUAAAAUCUCCUAAACUUAGUGAAUUUCAUAAUUUUACUAAUCUAAAUUGUAGGAAGAAAGAAGCAAAGAAGAAAGAUACUAUCAUUUGCUUCACAUCCAAUGAAAGAGGCCAAUACUAUACUAAGUGUCCAAAUAAGGGGCUGAUGAAGAAGAAAAGGUCCAAGAGAGUUGAAGAAAAUUGGAAGCUCAAAUCAAGAGGAAAGAAAUAUGCUAAGGCAUGCUAGGGAAGCAUGAUAAUUCUAGAGAUUUACCAAUGAAUCCAAGGGUUUGAACAUGAUUUCUAGGGAAACAAAGGCUAAAGUAUGUUAAAUCUGGUUUAGAGUACAAACAAUCAUAUAAGGUCAACAUACUAUCAUAUACUAGAGUAGCUUAUGAUUAUGGUACAAGGGAACCAUUUAAGUCUAAAAAUGCUGGUAAGGCAUUUUAAUCUACAAAGAUGCUUAGAGAGGUCAUCUCUAUUGAAUGACUUGUGAAGCCAAUUAGGAGUAAUAGGUUUUGAAUCCCCAAAAAUGUACCUUUAGCAUUCAAAAGGUAGGGUAUAUCAAUGGGUUUGGGAAUGAGUGGAAAGCUAAAUCCUAGAUUAGUGCAUUAGAAUAGUUUCAUACAGAGAAACAUUGGAGUUAAUAUUUAAUUUGCAUGAAAUUGAUACCAAUUGUAUUUGAUGUCAAAUAAACUAAUGCAUGAGUGCAAUUCAGUAUUUUUUUGACACAUAAAAUUAUAAGGUGUCAAAACAAAACUAGGAGGAAAUUAAACUUUUAACUAAUUUUGAGAAAUGCAUCAAACUUUAAAACACUAUAUAGUUGUAAUGAACCUCUUUGUAAAAUUUUGAAAUUAUUAGAGAUCUGUGAAUACGUUUGUACAAUUUAGCAGCAAAAUCGUCUGUGACAAUGAGAGUCGACUGGUGACUCGUAGAUAGACAAAUGGAGUUUUGCAAAAUGCUCAAAAAUAGCACAUUCAUAUAAAUUAAGGUUGACUAGUGACUUGUAGAUAGUCGAUUGGAGUUAUUGUGCGGAAUGCUUAGAAAUAGGACAUUCAUGAUAACUUGGGGUAUUCAUUUAAAUCUAUGUGGGGGUUUGGAAUACAAUUAAUGAUUAAAUUAUAUGUUUAGUCAUUGUUGAUGCAUUUUUUUUAUAUAUAUGUCAAAAAGGGAGUAAAAGGAAGUUGGAAUUCUCACCUUUGGGAGAAGAAAAGGUAUUUGGAAACCUCAUGUGCUCUUUGAAAAAUUCCUAACUCUAGGACGAACUUAGGUAUAAGGAAAGCUAAAUUUUAGGUCCCAUUUCAUUUAUUUAUUUUUCUAAAAUAGACUGUCAAACUCAAAAAGGAUGAUUGUUGGUGUAAUCAUAUCCUAAGUGAUCAAGCGUGAUCAUGAGUUUUAGUGUUUUGGCAAGGUUUAAGGUGGAUAUAUGCGUUAAGUUGUGCAGGAACUUGGCAAGAAGGAUAUGGAGCUCGUGGUGCUUGUGAUUUGAUGAGUUAAGAGUGUGGAUGAUGACUUAGUGCGGCCAUGACAACAUGCUCAAGGGAUUGUAGGUUUGAUGAAGUUAAGAGAAGGCUGCAUGAGUCAUUCAAGGAAUUGUAGGACGAGAAGGUGGUGUUGGAGUAUCUCAUGGUGCUUAAAUUGACACACUAAGUUGGUUGGCUUGGUAGCUUGAGAUCCGUUAAUGGGAUAUCUGAUGGACUAUAGGAUAAGGAGCAUCUAGGCUCAAUGUUGACAGUAGCCGGAAGGAGGUGAAGUGUGAAGGAUGACACAUGGAGGGCUUGGUGCAUUCUAGGGAUGAGAAAUCUAGCAAGUUGUAGAAGGUAAGCAAACUCAUGAGUGAAUUGUGUGAGUUGUAACCUGGAGAGAGGUUCUCAACUUAGGUAAAAAUUUGAUCAUUGGAAUGAUUGUAGUGAGUGUCUUGUUGAUUGGAGGGUGUUUCCAUUCGACUAAGGAGUUGAUUCAGGCUUUGUGACUCACAAACAUAAUUUAUCUAUUUGAAGCCUAGUUGAUUAGGUAACUGACAAAUUGAACUCAGUCAAUUAAUGUCAGAAUUCAUAUUGACUAAUGACUUAGUGAGAAAGCUAGAAGUAGCGAUUGAAUUGACACAUUGAAGUUAUAAGUUUAGAGGGUUAUGAUUUUGAUGCUGAUUAACAAGAAUACUUAUUCCAUUGCCUUGUGCAUUAGCAUUGCAUAAAUUUCUUCUAUUCAUCUUUAAACAAUUCAUCUUCUAUAUCUCCAAAGAAGUACUUAGUCUCUCUUUAAAAUAGGGAAACAAAUUAACAAGGAAAAUAGAAGGGAAAGGAAUUAACUAUAAAAAAAUAAAAAAAUGUAAAUUAGAAAAAAAGGAAGGAAAAUAAAUAAAAAUAAAUUACAAAAAACUAGAGUUGUCGAUCCACAUUACGGCUAGGUGAGGCCAUCGCAAGGUCGCAAAAGCGUCUGCGAGGUCAUAAUGGCCUCAUGACCUCGUGGAGGCCUCCACAAGUCCACCAUGAGGUGUGGCGGCCUCAUGAUCUUGUGGAGACCUCUACAAGGCCACCACGCUCGUAAGUGCAAGUUGGCUAGCGAAAUCAUAAAUUUUGCCCGUGUUGAUCAGCGCUGAUUCCAUGAAAUCAUAUAUUUAAUUUUGGAUUUGUAAAUUGGAGAUGAAACAUUUAUAUUUUAGUUUAAUGGGCAAUAGAGAUCAUCUUCCGUGGUGAUGAGAAGAAAAACUGAAAAAAAAAAGACAAGGGGUCAGAAGAGGAAAACAAAACAGAAAUAGAAAAAAGAAAUGUGACACAGAAGUAGGGUAAGGAAAGAUGGAGAAUAUAUAAUGAUGAAGCAGAGAGCACAGUAGAAAGGAUGAAGAGAAACUAUAUGGGAGAAGAGAGUACAGAAUGAUGAAGAGGACAGAUUAGGGAUUAGAAGAGUAGAGCAGGGUAGCAAAAGAACUUUUAUGGCAGCCCGGUGCAUGAAAGCUCCCGCCAUGCGGGGUCCCGGGAAAGGAUCCAUUGUACGCAGCCUUACCCUGCUUGUUGCAAGAGGUUGUUUCCAGGAUUCGAACCCGUGACCUUUUGGUCACAUGGCAACAAUUUUACCGUUGCGCCAAGGCUCCCCUUAUGUGGACUUUUAUUCUCUUUUAUUGAUUUAAAUUCUUUCACAUCUGAACACACUUACAGCACUCCAUCCAGCAUAACCAACUAGUCAACAUACACAUUUAUCAAUGCGAACUAAGUCAUAUCUAGUUCUUAGCCAAGUGUAACAGCAAACCUAAUCUACCUCAAAGAUCAAGUACAAAUUCCAGUACUUGUUAAUGAUGACGUUUAACUCCAGAUUUGUCACUUCAAAAACAUCUAAUUGGACAUGCAAAUACUAAUAGUGUUUAUUACAUGGAAGGAGGGUUAGAUAAUUGAUGGUAGAUGAACCAUGAUCUAGUUCGAUACAAUCCACUUUGCAAUACUUAUAUGAUUUAUACAGAGUGGAAAAAAAGGAGUCUAGAGACUGGAGGAGAGGAGACUGACGGAUUCAAUUGCUAUUGUACUAUGUUCAACAAAUUCACACACUUAUAAAAUGGAAUGAAUUAUGGGCAAGUAUUCUUCCUCUACACUGGUCUUGUAUGGGCUUCACAGGUUCUCAGAGAUUCAGCUGGAAUGUUGUGGUUCAAUAUUGCAGGAUUUUUAAUUUGACGAAGAUUUCCUUUUUGUCUCUUGGAAAUUGACUCUAUGGCAUACUCUCCCUGAAUAUUUGUCAGCUGCACUAACAAGACUUAGGUUUUUUGGAGCCUGUUCACAUUUUGCUGCAACAUUAUGCUGCCUCAGUCGCCAUUAUAAUUCAGGGGCACAGAAAUCAUAAGCUGAUCCUUGAUAAUACUCCUCAUCUUUGAAAUUGCAUACCAUGCUCAACAUGAUUCUUAUGUGUGUGCUUCUUGGGCAUUUUCUCAGAAUGCACAUGUGACUCGAUUAUGGUCGAUAAAAUUUAGAACCCUAACCUGAUGUUGCUGUUUGUGUAUUCCUUCAUGGAGGUAUGAAGGUGCUCGAGGUCAUCCAGUGCUAUUUUGUUUUGUUUCCAUGAAGAACUCAAAACUGAGAUUCUCAAUCAUCUGAUAUUUGGCUUAAAGAUAUCGAAAGCCCCUUUCAGUUUUAUGUCCCACCUUGUAUAUGAAGCGAUUGCUUGGUGUUGGGAUAUGGAAGCAUAUUUUGUUAAGUAUUCUGACAAAAAUAAACAAAAGUUAUUGUCGAUAUAAAUUAUGCUCUUUUUCUUUUUGCAGCUA